AUUUAGAGGUGGAGAGAGGAAAACCAAAGCUAUUAUGUACCCUAGGGAUGCAGUGUUAGUGGGCAUGGAAGAUUUGAGUGGGAAGGGAGGCACAGUGGCCUCCGGGGUCUCUCUCUUCCAGCAGUUGGGCGGUUGGCACCUCAAUUUGAAUUGCUGGUCGAACAAAGUGCCGGUGGUGCAGCACCCUCACCACGUCCACCCCCUCACGCCUCUAAUCACCUACAGCAAUGAGCACUUCACGCCCGGAAACCCACCUCCACACUUACCAGCCGAUGUCGACCCCAAAACAGGAAUCCCCCGGCCUCCACACCCUCCGGAUAUAUCUCCGUAUUACCCGCUCUCACCCGGCACUGUAGGACAGAUCCCCCAUCCGCUCGGAUGGUUAGUACCACAGCAAGGUCAACCCGUGUACCCCAUCACGACAGGAGGGUUCAGACACCCCUACCCCACAGCUCUGACCGUCAAUGCUUCCAUGUCCAGGUUCCCUCCCCACAUGGUCCCACCACAUCACACUCUACACACCACUGGCAUUCCCCACCCAGCCAUAGUCACACCAACAGUCAAACAGGAAUCCUCCCAGAGUGACGUCGGCUCACUCCACAGCUCAAAGCAUCAGGACUCCAAAAAGGAAGAAGAGAAGAAGAAGCCCCACAUAAAGAAGCCUCUUAACGCAUUCAUGUUGUACAUGAAGGAGAUGAGAGCCAAGGUCGUUGCCGAGUGCACAUUGAAAGAAAGCGCGGCCAUCAACCAGAUCCUGGGGCGGAGGUGGCACGCUCUGUCCAGAGAAGAACAAGCGAAAUACUACGAGCUGGCCCGGAAGGAGCGACAGCUUCACAUGCAGCUCUACCCAGGCUGGUCCGCACGGGAUAACUAUGGGAAGAAGAAGAAGAGGAAAAGGGACAAACAGCCGGGAGAGACGAAUGAACACAGCGAAUGUUUCCUAAAUCCUUGCCUUUCACUUCCUCCGAUUACAGACCUGAGCGCUCCUAAGAAAUGCCGAGCGCGCUUUGGCCUUGAUCAACAGAAUAACUGGUGCGGCCCUUGCAGGAGAAAAAAAAAGUGCGUUCGCUACAUACAAGGUGAAGGCAGCUGCCUCAGCCCCCCCUCUUCAGAUGGAAGCCUACUAGACUCGCCACCCCCAUCCCCGCACCUGCUAGGCUCCCCUCCCCGAGACGCCAAGUCACAGACUGAACAGACUCAGCCGCUCUCGCUGUCCCUGAAGCCUGACCCCCUGGCCCACCUGGCGAUGAUGCCUCCGCCGCCCGCGCUCCUGCUGGCCGAGGCCGCCCAUGGCAAGGCCUCCGCCCUCUGUCCCAACGGGGCUCUGGACCUGCCACCUGCCGCCCUGCAGCCGCCCAUUGUCCCCUCGUCAUCGCUCGCACAGCCGUCAACAUCUUCCUUACAUUCCCACAGCUCGUUGGCCGGGACCCAGCCCCAGCCUCUCUCCCUUGUCACCAAGUCGUUAGAGUAACUUUGAGCUUCUUUGUCGCGUGCUUCCAAUGGUUUUGCUUCCCCUCCCCCCUACUCGACAGGUUUCGUUUUGUACUUUUGAUUUUGUGCCACGUGGCUACAUGAGUUGAUGUUUAUCGAGUUCAUUGGUCAAUAUUUGACCCAUUCUUAUUUCAAUUUCUCCUUUUAAAUAUGUAGAUGAGAGAAGAACCUCAUAAUUCUACCAAAAUUUUUAUCAACAGCUGUUGAAAGUCUUUGUAGCGUUUAAAAUAUAUAUAUAUAAAUAUAUAUAUACAUAACUGUUAUGUAGUUUGGGUAGCUUAGUUUUAAAAGACUGAUU